CUAUCCGACUCGUCAUUCCAUUGUUUUCUCGAGAGUUUGUGUGUACGAUUCGUGGAGUUCGUACCGUUCGUACAGGGCUGCAGGUUCGUGGUGUUGGAGCGGGGUUCGGGCCAGCCGGGAGUAUCGUUGAUCCACAAGUGUCAUAAAACUGAUUAGCGAAUCAAUGGAGUAAAAUAAGACUGAAACGGAGCGUGGUAUAGGUGUCGAUGUGUCGUCCGUGUCCAGUGAGGUUAUUGGCAGCAAUAUUAGCAGCGUGAUUACAUCAACACAAUCGCGUGCAACAAUAGAGGUGAAAUUAUGCCACCCUCGUCACACUCGAAUUGGACGAAACCGCUGCUGAAGGGUGGACAGAUGAUGCAGAUGCAGGUAAAACGGGCCGCCGGAUCGACGACCCAGAAUGGUGCUUCCGGAGAUCACGCUCCCCUUGAUCGAAGAAUUAAAGUUGUUCUCGUCGGCGACGGUGCCGUGGGGAAAACUAGCCUCGUAGUUUCAUAUUCGACUAAUGGUUUCCCCGGCGAAUACGUUCCCACGGCCUUCGAUAAUUACAACGUUGUUGUCAAUGUCGAUGGACAGCCUGUGAACGUUCAGCUAUGUGAUACAGCAGGACAAGACGACUUCGACCCUCUGCGAUCGCUAUGCUAUCCAGAGACGGAUGUAUUUCUAGUUUGCUUCAGCGUCGUAAACCCAUCGUCUUAUCAUAGCGUUGCAACUAGAUGGGCUGAAGAAGUCCGUAAGAAUUGUCCUAACGCUCCAGUUAUUUUGGUGGGCACAAAAAGCGAUUUAAGAUCAGAUGUUCAACUAAUGUUACAAUUAGCAAGAUAUGGACAGGGACCAAUUACAGCAAUCCAAGGUCAUCAACUAGCCCAACGAUUAGGUGCUGUGAGCUACGUUGAAACCUCAGCACUAACACAGCAGGAAUUGAAGGAGGCCUUUGAUCAAGCAAUAGUUAGUGCACUGAGUACACGACGUGGUGGUGCCAAUUUAGUCUACCGACGUAGAAAACCACCACCAUUCUGGCGCAGAUGGCUGUGUUGUUGGGAAAGACAGCGGUCUUCCGACGCGUAAAAAUUUACAUUUAGACUCUCUAGAUUUUCACUGUGAUCAACCGUGGCUGCCUUGCCGUCAGAAUCGUUUUGUCUUCUUGAAAUCUUUUGUUGAAGUUUCGACAUAGCUGAACAAUUUCCAAUGUAUAAUAGAAUCAAAAUAUUGUUGAAGAAUGGGAACCAUGUUGCAAAAGAAAACUCUUAUGCAAAGUAGAUGUAAAAACUGUAUAUCGAGGCAAGAAGGUUGUUUAGUUAACGAGGACGAAAUGCAGCUUCAAAUUUUUAGUGUUGUGAAAAAAAAUAAACUUGUAACCUCAGUAUCAGUUGAUUCUGCAUGGAAUAUUAAAUUGUAUAUAUAAAAUUGAAUGAUUUCAAAGGUUAGUGAUCAUCGUGAUAUAUAAAUAGCUAAAUUAUUACCAAGAAAGGUGGAUAUUAAAACUAGUACUGUGUUCAAAUUACGCGUUAAAAACUAUUCUAUAUUAUUCCUUGGUUGUAUUUUGCUUGUAGUUCUUGAUGGUUGUCUUCCAGUACCCGGAUUAUUAUAAAUUAUUAGCCUCUUAUUUUUAUUGAAUUGUUUGUUUUUCGUGUAGGUGUAAGCAUUAGAGAGGUUAUUGCGUGAUAAAAUAUGAACGAGCUGUUUGAAAGAAUUAUUAAUCAAUUUUCCUAUCAUUUGCUACUUGUGUUACAUGAAGCAUGUCGAUCAUUUAUUUACCUGCAUUUUAUUUUGAAAUUCAGGCUAUUGAAUUCACUAACUAUUCUUGAUUUUCCGACUGUAAGUAUACAAUAUGACUAUUAUUUAUAAGUUAGAUAGCUACUGCUGAACAAAAUACAGGGUUGUUAUAUUGAACAUGUUCAUCAAUUUUGACAUUUGUAAAGUGAGUUGUUGCAAAAACUAUGAGAUGUAUUGUGUCAAUUGAUAGACGACAUUGUGCAGAUUCUGACGGUUGGGUUUAGGCCUCUCUUAACAAUAUUCCUGAUGCCUGUACUGGCGUAAUUUAUUAUUCUUGUAUUACUUGUACUUUAUGUAUCCCCCUCCCCCCUUAUUCUAGAGUAUUGGCAACUCGCCGGUUGUGAUUUAUUUAUGAAUGAUGCAGAGGCUAUUCUUACUUCUAUUGAAAUAAAUUCUAAAAUAUGUUACGUUUUUUUGACUACUGCAUUAUAUUUAACAAUGCAACGUAAUUGUUAUUAAAUUGUAGUCACAUGUUUUUCGAUUACGAAGCGAGUAUUUACAGUUUUUGGUUUAUCUGCGCCUUUUGAAUUUUUUUAAUUCAUUUUUGCUAACCGAAAAAUGUCAAUAACCGGAAUUCAAUAUGAUAGAUUACAAGAUAGCCGUUUAUUGACGCAUAAUGCCUAAAAUGUCAUGCAAUCUUUCACAGGUAUUUACACAUAACUAUAAAAUUAAAUACAGCAGUUUGGUACUGAUGUAUCAAAUUGAACAAGACUAUAUGAUUAAGACAGUAAACAUACAAAUGUUUCCAAUUUUGCGAUGGAACAAAUUUUGUCUAUCUGUGCAUGAAAUUCUAUUCAUGUGACUGUGACUAUUGUUUUCGAAAUUGCACCUUUGAGCAUCUCUUUCAGUAGUAUUAUUAAGAUUACCGAUUAACUAUGUGUAUAUUUAUAUAUACAUGUAUAAUACUAUAUCAUAAACAUAUAUUAUUCUUAUUCUUUGAUAUUUAAUGCUAGAAAUUUUAGGAGUGUAAAAUAUUUAAGGGAAAAAUUUCAGACUGAAGAGCUGUCACAAUGAAUAAUGCAUAAUGUUUAAUAUUAGUAUGUGUCUACUCUUGAUAGUAAAGCACAUGGUAUUUUUAUAAAACUCAUUAUUGUUCUUUAUGCAUACAUGCAAAAGAAGUAACCAAAUCCCUAUUUCAAAAAUCACCUAAAUUACUAAAAUUCUGCAGUUCCAUUGUAUCAAAACAGCAAAACCAACUAAAAAUUAACUCGUUAUAGAAAUAUCCUAUGGAUCUUUGCAUAUCGUUUGCUUGGUCGUUUUUUUCACUGUCGGAAAAUACAUCAUUGAAGAAUGCCAAGACCGGAUAACUGUUAAAAAAAUUAAUCAAUCUAUGCAAAAUGCAAUCAAAUCACUUUCGCAUUGAGCUGACUGUGUCAUAUCGAAACAUAUACUACACAGAAAUUCUGUGUGACCCUAAUUACGAUUCGUGUACGAAUAGCACAUCUAGUUUCUCACAUUUUCUGGCCUUUCAUUUAAUCCCCACUGUUUGACGGACUAUGCAAGUCUGCUAAAUCUAUUCGACUACUGAUGUAAUGCAAUUCUAUUGAACAUAUGCGGUUUAAUUUACGGAUAAAAGUGGUGCUUUUACAGCAAUAUCCCGCUGUUGCGUAUCGAAGAUUGCGCGUACUUGUCAGUUGACACCGUUGAAACAUAGUGACACAAUAGUGUCGUUUUUCUAACCUCCUUGACUGACGUUGCGAGAGAUUUUUUAUACUACGCCUGUUUCUCUCAUGCUCUUUUUACCGAAUAAACGAAAUUGAGAGACCGCGAAGGUAUGAAGACUGUAGUAUCCGAUCCUUGGACUAAUCGCGAAAACUCAUGUCCUCGGUUAGAUUCAGAGGGGAAUCAUUUCGAAGAUUGUUUUGUCGAGAAUAGAACCGAACAGACUAAAUUACCUGAUUCAGAACAAUAUUUGGAAAGUCUCUAUUCAAAACUACGAGCUGUGCAGGGUGGAUCCUCCAAGAAGGACCUUGUCAAAUCUUUGACAGCUGUCAAAGAGGAUUGUAUCGCACGAAUAUUGACCGAAGGUUGUCAAGCUCAGACCGAGGAGGAAUCUGAGCUUGCUGCUAAUCCAUUGGUACGACAUAUUGCUCCACAUUUGCAGGCAUUGACUGCGAGUGAAUUGGUACAGCUACUGAAAGCAGACGUUCUUCAAACUGUAACGGAUCAACAGCACGAUCAAACGACUUCAGAAUAAAGAUUUAUUAUCAUAAAUAGACUUAUCAACUUUCAUCAUGUC